AUGGGUUUGAAAAUGGCCAUCGAUCUGGAUGUGCAUGAACUAUUGGUUAUGGGAGAUUCUGACUUGCUUAUCCGGCAAGCUCAAGGCGAAUGGGAGACUCGAGACAUCAAGCUUAUUCCGUACAGACAAUGCGUGCAAGACUUGAGCAAAAGAUUCAAAUCCAUCGAGUUCAGGUACAUUCCUAGGUUUCACAACGAGCUAGCCGAUGCCUUGGCUACUUUAGCCUCGAUGAUCCCUUAUCCAGGCAACGCUCAUAUUGAUCCGCUAGAAAUCCAAGUUCGAAAUCAACACGGUUACUGCAAUACAAUUGAGACAGAACCAGAUGGUAAACCAUGGUAUCAUGACAUAAAACGAUUCCUGAAAAUGAGAGAAUAUCCAGAGCAUGCCAAAGGAGAUCAAAAAAGAACUUUAAGGCGGCUCGCCAGUGGUUUCUUCCUGAAUGGGGAAAUUCUGUACAAAAGGACCCCAGAUUUAAACUUGUUGAGAUGCAUAGAUGCUACAGAAGCAGAGCAGAUCAUGGGUGAAGUGCAUUCGGGGGUGUGCGGACCUCACAUGAAUGGAUAUGUUUUGGCGAAG